GUGGGUUAUGGCAGCCUGCAGAAGACCAUGAUCACGAUUCAGCGGCUCAAAGUUCGUCUCGCCCAUCCGCGGCAUUCCAAGCGCCUUAAAGUCUUUUUCAUUGCCCUUCUCUUGGGUUUGGGUCUCAUAUACCUCUACUUCCAACACGGCACGGGGAGCUUCAAUCGCAGCAGCGCCGAUUCUCAUCUAGAGCGUUUAGCCCGUCAUUCCAAGAAUCAGAUAUUAGAGCCAGUAUUUGUGUUUGAGAAGUUGGGAAACUUUGAGCCAAAGGAGACAGAAGAAAGAACAGGACCUGGUCAAAAUGGGAAGCCCCAUUAUGUUGGACCAGAGAAACAAAAUGAAGCCCGGAAUAUCUUCAUGGAAUAUGGGAUCAACCUUAUUGUGUCAGAUGAGAUUUCUCUGGAUCGUGCUGUGCCUGACAUGCGUAAUCCAGAAUGCAAACACUGGGACUACCCAGAGGACCUGCCCAAGACUAGUGUUGUGAUAGUGUUCCACAAUGAAGGUUGGUCCACAUUACUGAGGACAGUGCAUUCUGUUCUCAAUCGCUCUCCACCACAGUUUCUUGAAGAGGUCCUUCUAGUUGAUGACUUCAGUGAUAAACGGGCAGGGAGGGGGCAGCCACCCCUCCUGGUGCCCCUGGGACAGGGCUUGGUGCCCCUUGGAGCCAACUUGCAGAAUUUGAAUGAGUACAUCAAGCAGUUCAAUGGGAAGGUGCGAUUGGUGAAAAAUGUAGAGAGGGAAGGGCUUAUCCGGAGCAAGGCCCGUGGUGCCAAAGAAGCAAGAGGAGAGGUUGUUCUCUUCCUUGAUUCCCACUGUGAAGUCAAUCUCAACUGGCUUCCACCUCUCCUAGCACCAAUUCUCAAGGACAGGACAACAAUGACAGUGCCAAUCAUAGAUGGUAUUGACAAGGACACGUUGGAGUACAGGCCUGUUUAUCAAGGGAAUCAGCGUUUCAGAGGGAUCUUUGAGUGGGGAAUGUUCUACAAGGAGACCGAAAUACCACAACGGGAAGCUGAGAGGCACAAGUACAUUUCUGAGCCUUACAAGUCACCAACACAUGCUGGAGGAUUGUUUGCCAUCGAUCGAGAGUUUUUCCUGAAGUUGGGAGCAUAUGAUCCUGGACUUCUUGUUUGGGGUGGAGAGCAAUAUGAAUUGUCCUUCAAGAUCUGGCAGUGUGGAGGAAGUAUAGAAUGGGUGCCAUGUUCACGAGUUGGACACAUCUAUCGGGGUUUCAUGCCCUAUAAUUUUGGGAAGUUGGCAGAGAAGAAGAAAGGUCCACUUAUCACCAUAAAUAACAAGAGGGUGAUAGAAGUCUGGUUUGAUGAUGAAUACAAGGAGUACUUCUAUACUCGAGAACCCUUGGCAAGAUUUCUGGACAUGGGAGACAUCACAGAACAGCUGGAAUUAAAGAAGCAACUUGGCUGUAAAAACUUCAAGUGGUUCAUGGAGAAUGUUGCAUAUGAUCUCCCUCUCAAGUAUCCUGAACUUCCACCCAAUGUCUAUUGGGGAGAGUUGCGAAAUGAAGCUGUUGGAUUAUGCAUGGAUAGCAUGGGGCAUUCUCCUCCAACUCUUAUGGGAAUUUCUGCAUGUCAUGGAUAUGGAAACAACCAGUUGGUUCGGUUGAAUGCAAAAGGCCAGCUUGGACUUGGUGAGAGGUGCAUAGAAGCAGAUAGGCAAGGGAUCAAGUUAGCUUUUUGUCGCCUGGGAACUGUGGAUGGACCCUGGCUGUAUGAUUCGGAAACAAAGAGUUUGCGUCAUCGGCAGCAACAGAAGUGUGUGGCUGUACACCCACAGACCAAUCAGCUUCAUCUGGCUCCAUGUGUUGAUGUGAACAAUUAUCAGAAGUGGACGUUCAAGACUGUCGUUCCCAAUUGGUGAAGCAAACCUCUUGGAGACCACCUGUCUUUUCCAGUAUAAAAAUGUCUUAUUCUCAUAAGUUAUUUUUUUCUAAGUGAGUCUGGGAAAUGAAGCAAGCAGAUUGCUUUCAAAAAUAAUGACAACUGUUGCUUCUCUGGACUUCUCCAGUGUCCCUAGAUCAAAACAUGUAUGUUGUGCUGCUUAUCCAAGACUCACCAGUUGAUCCUGCAUUCAGUGGC